AUGAAUUGUCCAGCUGACCUAGCAUUCGAUCAAGGCAAACGGCUGUGUGAUUACAAGGAUGCUGUCGAUAUAUGCAGGGAAAAUGUGGGAACUAGUGUAAAAGUUCACUCCUGUCAAAGAGACCACGCAAUCGUAAAAGAGAUUACCACUGUGACGCCUGUUGAAGAAGUCGCUAAAAUGGUCAUAGAAGAAACUAUCGAGUUACCCUCUGAGGAGACGACUGUGUUUCCUGCGAGAGACUCUAUCGAGCAGCAUGGAGAAGAUUUCUUUGAGCAUUACAGGAGAGAGCCUGCUGAAAAAACCACGGUCGCAGUGACGGAGGAGCCUGAAGAGAUGACUACAGAAACUCCCACGGGGACCACCAAGGAUCAGUCGAGUUUAUCGAAGAUCAUGGAAAGAAGUACAUCGUGUACUACGGAAAGCCAGUGA